AAAAAUCGGGGACGGGAUGGGAGAAUUCAAUACGACAUAAUCUAUCACUUAAUAAAGCAUUCAGAAAAUUGCCCAGAACAGAGGGACAACUAGGAAAGGGAUGCUACUGGACCAUCCUUCCCGAUCACGAAACGAUUAUCGAUAAUAGCUGGUUCAAAGGACAAAAUCGAUCAACUAAAAAAGUAAGAUUAUCCAAAGAAAAACCACCGGAAAUUAUUGAAAUCGAUGACGAUAGUAAUGUAAGUCGAGCUAAAGCUCAAUCUGUAUAUACAAUAACUAAUUCUACCACCACAUCAUUAUCCAGCAAUAAUACGGGCGAAGAGCAAUUCGACUAUGACGCGUUUGAAACCCUCUUAAUACAGGCAUUAGGAUGUUGA